CCCUUACUCACUCUAUUUUCUGCUUCCUCUGUUCUGUCUCUGAAACUCAAUCACCAUCUCUGUCUUCCAAUGAUGAAGAACAACAAUGGUUCCAAAUCCACUGAUUCCUCACCUGCGGUUUCUCCCAAACCCAGAACCCGUCAAGUGAAUUCCCGGUUCCUGUCCAAGUCUCUCAACGGUCCUCCUGAAUCAGGUUCAGCUUCUUCUUCUCCGAGGAGAAGAAGCUCUGUCACACUCGCCGAUCAAAUCGGCAGGGAAAGGAUCAGAGACAGAGAGGAUCAUCACCUUCAACACCACCAUCGUCAGAGUCAGAAGCCUCUCAACACAACACCACCACCAACACCUGCAACAACCUCCUCUAUUUUGAGAAAACAGAGGAGCUGUAGGGAGUCCAACAAUCCCGAGAACAAUUCCAAGGAAAAUGAUCGACCCAUUAUUGGAAGAUCAGGGAGGUUCACUUUGCCGGCAAAAUCUUCUUCAUCGGCGAAGAAACCAAGUGUUGGGAAAUCCGGCGGUGAUUCUCCGGGAAGGGUGUCUCUGGAGAAGAAUGCUGCUAUUUCGUCAGAUGAUUCAUUGAUGAUGAGGAAGGUGAUCACUCAGAGGACGUUGAGUAGGAACAAUUCACCACUCAAUUCGCCACUGAAUUCACCGCUGACUAGGCAAUUGAGUUUUUCCAAGUCUCAGUGGGCCUUGUCCCCUGGUAGGUCAGAGACACCUCCCAUGUCAGUGGAAAGUAAGGGAAAGUCCUUGUCUCUUUCGAGCUUGAAGCCUUCUAACAUGGGCAUUGAGAAGAUUAUCAACAAGGGCUUUGACUUCUUCAGGUCCAAGAAAUCUUCAAAUGCUGCUUCCUCCUCCUCUGAGGAUGCUCAUCAGCUUCGUUUGCUUCAUAACCGGUUGCUCCAGUGGCGGUUUGUGAAUGCAAGAGCUGAAGCUGUGAAUGCUAGCAUAACCCAUCAGGCAGAGAGCACUUUGACAAGUGCUGUGGAUGGUCUUACAAAGUUGCGAUGCUCGGUGAUGCAAAAGAGGAUACAGCUGCAGAAAGUAAGGCUUGAGAAGAAGCUACAAUUGGUACUGCAAUCUCAGAUGAACCUAUUGCAAACUUGGGAAGGUAUGGAAAGGAAACACAUGGAUGCAAUUGAUGCAAUGAAGGGGAGUUUGUAUUCUGCUGCAUGCAAAGUUCCCCUUUUAGAAGGGGCAAAGGUGGAUACACAAUCAAUGUCCAGUGCUCAGGAACAUGCACUUGUUGAAGUAGAAUCCAUCAAGUCAAUAUUAUCAAGUUUUUCACAUAUGGCUGAUGAGCGUGCUGGGUUGCUAUCAGAAUUAGCAAAAGUUGUUGCACAAGAGAAGUUUCUCUUACAAGAAUUCAAUGAUCUAUCCCAGACCAUUCGUGCUUUGGAGGUAGAAGAAAGUAGCUUGAGGUGUGGUCUCAUUCAACUUCAAAAUUGAGAUUAUCAAAAGUUGCUUCUACUAUAUAUCUAAGAUCACUUCUUAGGUAUAUAUGUAAAUUGUAGACCAUCAAAAUUAACAGAUAUGUCAACUGUUUCACAGCCUUCAAAUUAGAAGGGUUUAAAUUUCAGCAAACAUGUAGGAAGGAGUUUACUAAAUGUACCCUUGCACUGCAUUUCUUU